CUAGUGUAUAUCCGUCAUUCAUGCAAGUCGAUUUCGUUGGUUCUGUGUGUUGAGCCUAGCAAAAGAACAUGGUGAUAGUGAUAUGAAACAAGUCUAUUAGCAAUACCACGCUCUACACAUAUAUACUUUCGCAAAGUAACGAUGAUAUUUGGUCACGAUCUCCCUACGUAAGUUUCACGAACAUGCAGACUGAGGUAAAACUUAGAAAAGUGUUAUUUGAAUGAUCAGUUAAAAGAUGCUGAUCAAAUAAUAUUUAAAGAGAAAAAUAAAUUAAUCGAGCUGACACAGCAAUUAUUAAAUAAAUACUAUGGGGGCACUUUUGGAUACUCCAAAAACAGAUAAAUAUAAUGAACAUGGCUCUGGCAAUGGAUUACAUUAUGGUGUUGCCAGCAUGCAAGGUUGGAGAAUGGAAAUGGAAGAUGCUCAUAGAGCAAUAACUGGUUUAAAAGGUGGUCUCUCAGAUUGGAGUUACUUUGCAGUAUUUGACGGUCAUGCUGGUGCAUUAGUAUCAGCUCAUAGUGCAGAGCACUUGUUAGAGUGUAUCAUGCAAACAGAAGAAUUUAAAGCAGAAAAUGUAACCAAAGGAAUUCAUUCUGGCUUUCUUCGACUUGACGAUGAAAUGAGAGAAUUACCAGAAAUGAGUUCUGGCACUGAAAAAUCUGGUUCUACAGCUGUUUGUGCAUUUAUAUCUCCCAGAAAUAUAUACAUUGCCAAUUGUGGUGACUCUAGAGCUGUACUUUGCCGAGCAGGAGAUCCAGUUUUUUCAACACGAGAUCACAAACCAGGUUUACCUGCUGAAAAAGAAAGAAUUCAAAAUGCUGGUGGUAGUGUAAUGAUUCAAAGAGUUAAUGGAGCUUUAGCUGUAUCUCGUGCAUUGGGAGAUUAUGAGUACAAAAAUUUGAAAGAUCGAGGGCCAUGUGAACAGUUAGUGUCUCCAGAACCAGAAAUAUUUGUUCGAGAUCGAGAUGAUGAACACGAUGAAUUUCUAGUUUUAGCAUGUGAUGGUAUUUGGGAUGUAAUGAACAACACAGAUCUGUGUAAUUUUAUACAUUCAAGGCUGCUGCUUACAGAUGAUCUAGAAGCAGUUACGAACCAGGUUAUAGACACCUGUCUGUAUAAGGGUAGUAGAGAUAAUAUGAGCAUAGUUUUGGUGACAUUUCCUGCUGCUCCGAAACCAAAUCCAGAAGCACAGAAAAAAGAAGCAGAACUUGAAAUGGACAUUGAAAGGAGAAUCAAAGAAAUCGUUGCUGUGCAAAAGGACAAAAAUGAAUUUGAUUUUUUGCAACUGUUACAACUUCUUGUGGACCAAGAAUUUCCUAAUCUUCCUCCUGGUGGUGGACUUUCCGCUAAGCAACCUUUUAUUGAACAAGUGUUUCGAGAAGUUUGUCCCAACCGAGCAGAUAGUGUAAGUCUUGGAUACGAUUUCCUUUCGAUAUAACUAACCUUUUUUUGUAUACUGCAUCAAAUGUACAACUGUAAUCAUUAGACAUCAUCAAUCAUGUUCCAUAAUCAUAUAACGAUGCAGAUGCUAUCGGAAAUAUCUUUAUUUUACUGAUCUCAUCUAAUGUAAAAAGAGAUUCAUUUUUAACUUGCAAGAAAAAUAUACUGGUAUAUUAUAAAAUAAAUCUUAAAUUAAGUCUGCUAUUAAACAUGUGCAGAUCUUACAUUCUUGCAAUGCGUUAUUGUUGGUAAAAAUAAAUUAGAGUUUAAAACUACAUUUAAAAAUCCUGAACUAUUAUACAUUCACCCAUUCAAAAAGAUAAAUACACAAUUCAUUUUUUAAAUUUCUAAAUAAUUUUAGAUAUCCAAUGAUGAUGAGAAAUAUUAAUUUUGCUUUUGGAAUUAUUUAUUAGAAUUAUUUAUCAGUUAAAACGUUUAGUUUGCAAUUUAAGUAACAUAAAAUUAACUAAUAACAUGAAAAGGUAAAGAAAUUUGUUUUAUAUUACCAUCCUUUUGCAAAAAGAUAUUGUGGAUUGUAAAUUAAUUAAAAAAAUGUUGUUAUUCUACAACAUUUAAACAUUAAGAAAUAUCUCUUGAUAUAUUUCACUAUGAAAUUUGGAAAAACGCAAAAAAUGAACUCAAAGUACAUCCUACAGCUGAUUCUAAUUAAUAUUGGUAUUAGUGGUUUUCAUAAUUAUCACUAUCUAUUGUUGGAUUUUAUAAAUCCUUCAUCCAAGGAGUAAAAAAUGUUUAUAUUACAGUUAUAAGCAGAGGAUUUAAAAGUAUUCUACCGAGAAUAUAUACAAAUAUACCUAUAUUCUAUGAAAAACUAGAUAAUGUGAAAAUUAGUGUGAGUAAUGUUGCUAUAAUAAUACUUAUAAAUCAUUUACUUUAUUUUAAUAUAUUUUAAAUUAAUCAACUUCUGUAUUAAACAAUUUACCAGAAUAAAAAAAAGAUGUAUAUUUUUCAAUAUUUUUGAAUAGUAAUUUUCUUUUCAUAGAUUUAAAUUAUUUCACAAAUCUAGUUUUCCAUUAAAAUUAAUCCUGGGUAGAAUAUUUAUAUCAUAUCCUCUUGCUAUGUUGCUGCAUAAUAUUACUAUAAACGAUUAUAUAUUUUUGUAGCUCUAGAGAACUUACGCUCAGAACAAUUACUUCUUAGGUCAGUUUUUCAUGCUCUUCCUUAAUAAAUUUUAAGUAUAUUUAUAUAGCUGUUCAUUCUAUAUUCGAAGAUGUCUCAAACUUUGUCACGCGCUGGAAGAGUAGAAAAACUGAUCGUUUAGUUUUAGAAAUAUCAAUACUAUGUAUAUACAUAAAAAUUAUGUUCAGGAAAUUAUGUAUCAAUAUUUUAUUUAAAUCGUUCUAAAAAUCGAGCAGUAGGAAUGUAGUAAGGAGGCCUUGAUUUUAGUUUCUUAAGACGAAAAUUACAUUCGAAAUUACAUUAUUUGUAUCUAAAUUUAAAUAAUCGACUUUAUCUCAAAUUAUUUCAUUAUUUGAUUUCAUCACAACUAAAAUUCUAUGAUUGAGUAAAAAAACAAUUUUAAUUAUAAAAAAUCAAUAUUUCAUAAGUAAUUUAUAAGUAAAGAGAGAAUAUAAAAAUCAAUUAAGAUACAGGUUUCAAUAUUCAUCAUACAAACAUAAUGACGGACAAGUAAGUAUAGUACUUAAGAUAUAUUACAAGAAUAGCACAUUAUUGAUUUCUGAAGACAUUAAACGUAUCUGUACACAGAGACUUAACUGGUUAAUGAAACCACAUAUAUCAGGUAAUCAUAUAUUUAUUUUUUUGUCUUGUUAUGUGAUUAAUUUUGUAUCUCCAAAAAUAUAUGUAACAGAAACUAUCUGUCAAGGCCAUCCUCAAGUAUAUAAAUCUAGCAUACAUAUACCAAAGUAUAUAUUACCGUUCCUGGUUAAAAAAGGUCCUGAAAUUAACUAACGUUAACAGUCUAUUAUCGUUUUAAAGUAAUAUAUUAAAAUAAAUAACAAAUUCCCCUGCAUAGAGUUAUCUCCUCUAUUUUUACUAAUAAUGAAGUAUGGAGUGUAUAAAGGUAGUAAUAUGUUUUACUGAUAUCUUAAAUCAUUUACUUUAUAGAGUUUGCUCAUAUAAUAAUUUUCAUUUUACAUAUUUUUGAAAAUGUUAAUUAUUCGUUGUGAACUUUUGACGAAAUAUUGAAAAUAUACAUUAUUCGUCUAUAAAUAAUUCAAAAUAAAACUUACAAGAUAGUUAAAUAACAUUUAAUUAAACUAUCUUACCUUAGAUAUUACAUAUUCAUACUAUUAAAAUAUGUUUAUAAUUAAAAGUAAAAAUUAAAACGCAGAAACUUUAUUAUUAUUAAAAUUCCUAUGUACUUUUAAUUAAGAAGUAAAGUACUUUAUUCGUUUUGAUACAUGCAAGUAUAAAUUUAUUAUUACUCUUUUAUUGAAUAUACUCGAGUAUUAGUAAUAACAAAAGUAAUAGUAUACUCGUGAUAAUGAUAACAAUGGUUAUGAAAAUAAAUCCAAAAUACAUUUUUAACAUGUGUUUCUUCUACUUUUUACUAAUAGUCCUAUUCUGUAAUUUCUAUUUUGGGCAUGAUCCUUAUUAAUUUUGUAACUUUAUAAGAUUUAGACAACAAUGCUAAUAAUUAUUUAUUCAUUCUUAAAUAAUACAUAUAUUUUGCAUUUUGUACUUAAAAUAUUGUAGAUAUCAGUACUAUCUGGAAUGGGGCUAUUAGUUAACAGAAAUGAUAAAAAAUAUAUGCACUUAUAAGAUUUAAAAAGUAGUAGCUCUUUAUUUUUAGUUUUGUACGUACUUAUUGUAAUUUUUCUUUUGUGUGUCUCUUAAAUUUUAUUUUCAAAGAAUUUCAUUGAAUAUGCUUGCAUAAUAAUUUUACAAUGACAUAGUAAUUUCUAUACAUUAUUUACUUUAAAAAAAAAUUAUUUCAUAAAUAUUACAUGGUGUACAAAAUAAACAAAAACAAAGUUUCUUCAAUGUGUGUACCUGAAUUAUGUUUUCUUUUCAAGUAAUUGUAAAUUUCUUAAUUUGCAUAUUAAUAUCCUAAAUUACAUAAUGCCUAUUACCCUAUGUCUAAUUUUUAAAUUUUCAAUUAAAACAAAAGAAUAAUUUCUCUAAACAUCUUUAUCAAAUUGAUUGUUUUGUUCAAUAAUCCUUUCACAUCCCAUUUUCAUUCUUCAGAUUACGUUUCAACAAUAUUCAAGUCCUUUCCUGCAGUUCAAGUUGAAUUCUCAGAUUACUGAUCUCAAUCAUAAUCGUUGUUAGUAUUUCAAUAUAAUUACACAUACUACAUAAUUUAAUUUACAAGAUUAAAAAUACAAUUGAUACAGAUAAAAGAUCCUAUUAUCUCAAAAUUAUAUCUAGAGACAUAUUAAUAUAAAAUAAUAUUUGUAUAAAUUAAUAAUACACUUGAAAAUAUAAAAUUUUACAUUUGAUAUAAUUUUUUUUCUUUUCUUAAGGGGAAGUGCUUUUACUGUUCACGUAUAUUAUGUAUAUGUAAAUAAAGACAAUCCUUCCCUCAUUUUUUCUACUAAUAAAAUUUCUUCUUAAUUUUUACAGUGUAGUACUUAAUGCAUCAUAAAAUAAUUUUGGAAUGUGACAUGCUUGAUAUUGUGUAAAAUUAUCUAUUUUAACUGCAAAUGUGUCAAGAUCUUAAUUGUUGAAUUUAUUAAUUUAUUACAUCAUGAUAAUGUUAUUUUAUUUGUGAUUAGAAUAUUAUCAUUACUUUAUUAUUUAUUUAACAUUAUACAUACAUUUACAUAAUUAUGUAUAAGAAUGUAUCAACAUAUAUAUAUGUAAAUAAUAUGCAUCCCGUAAUUAGUGCAACCAGCAAUUAAGAUCUUGGGAUGUGUGUGUAUGUGCGUGCGUGCGCACGUGUGUGUAUGUGUGUUUAUUUUUAUAUUUUUAUACUAAAAAUCCUGAUAUUUUGAAUUCAGUAUAAGAAAAAAUACAACUGUAUUAUAAUACCAUCAUACAUAGAUUUACUGAUAUGCUAUUAUUUAUCUACAUUAUUGUAUAUAAUAUACAUAAUUAAACCCAUAUGUAAUGAG